AUGUUUUGGAUCCAGAGAGAUUAAUACAGUGUCCGUAUAAUAAACAUCACCGAAUCAGAGCCUGUCGGUUUCCCUAUCACCUUGUCAAGUGUAGGAAGAGCUACCCUGAAGUUGCAAAGGAAUUGGCCACGUGCCCCUUCAACGCUCGCCAUCUUGUUCCUCAAGCUGACCUCAGCGAUCACAUAAUGAAGUGCAAUGACAAAGGGCUCAUUGAGCAAGAUAUAGUGAUUCAGUCCUCUGGCUUCCAGAGAGAGCAGAUGACUGCUGUGAGCACAUGGGAGGCACCUCCAUGUGAUGAAGACUGGGAAACAGAGUCGUUGGACCAGUCGGAUUCUCCUUUUGUUUGGGGCAUGACCAGCUCUGGUGCAAACAAGGAGCAAAUGCAAUCUUUCUGUUCCAGUACCGCCGCUGAACAGAAUUGCCUGCCUUCGAGAGUACGUGCCCCUGAGUCCUUCCCUUACACUGGGGAAUCGUGGAAAGGCUACACCUGCAACCAAGGAGGUACGCCCAAGCUGGCUAUCACCCCUGUGAGACGGUACGUGGGGAUGUGCGAGAAGGUCCUUCACGAUUCUUAA